CAAAAGUUGCUAUGACCAUCUUUCUUGUUUAAUCAAUACAAAGGUAAAUAUGAAGGUGAAUAUGAAGGAAAGUGUUGAAGUUAUGAAUCUGAAAGCGGAACUUGAACAAGAAAUGAAGUAUAGGGAUAAAAUGUUUGCUGAUAAUAAAAACUUAGAGGCCACUAUUUUAAAACUGGAAAAGGAGUUGCAGUAUAUAAGAAAACAAGAUCCAAACCUGAAUCCUCCAAAUACUUCUUGCGAUGGUUAUCAAAGAUGGCAGGCACAGCUUAAGGCCAAUUCUAAAUUGGAAAAAGACGUAACCUUAGAGAGUGAGAAAUUGCGUAUACUGAAAGAUGCAGAGACUGACAUUACAGAUCUUAAUCUAGAUAAUUUAUCACAGGCAGAGUUAAUUCGUUUGGUCAAACAACUAGAAAGGUUGAAAACAGAUUACCAAAGCACAUUAAAUGAUACAGAGCACCAGUUGGAUGUACAAGCAAAGGAGUUCCACAAGCUAAAUGAGACAAGGAAGCUGUAUCAGGCAGAGAUGGACUUACGGGAACGCAACAAGGGAGUGAAGAAGUUGGAACGCCACCCUCAUGGGGGUUCAGUGGAACAGAUGGCAGGUCUGCAACAACGCUAAAUCUCAUUGUAGUCUGUUCUGAAUCAAUAAAAAAUGUA